GAUGACGGCGUGGUAUUUUUAGUCGUGAUCAUUAUAGUUCUAUUCAUUCGGUGAAUUGUGCUCGUGCUAUCUUUUAAAAGAGCUUAUCGAUUGAACAUCCCUCAUUGUGUAGAAUUUUUUUUUUAUUAUUGUCAUAUCAGUUGAGUUUCAACAUAAGCAUACAUUUUAGUUAAAUGCCAUAAAGGCGGAGAAUUGGAAUAAAGGCAUAGCAUGGGUAUUAGGACUUCAAUUGACCAUCGCCUUGGAUUUAUACAAAUCUCAUCUUCAAACGAAUAGUGCUUGGAGAACGUGCACUCGUCUUGCAAUAAAGUUCGUUUCUCCUCAUGUUUACAACUAUCAUAGCUAAGAGUACAACAACAGAGGAAUGACUGAUAUCUUUUCUUGAAAAAAGUUUUUAAGUCAAAGAGUAAUUAAUAUCGUUAUAAUGUUUGUCUACCACAGCAAGGAUUCCACAGCGGUUGUGAAUUACGUUUCUCGAUACGAUAACCAGAAUGCUCUUAUCACAACAGGAUUAGAUCGGCAACAAUGGGAGGAGAAUGGAUUCAUCCUUGUAAGAGAUGUUCCCUACACUUUAGGCGAACCUCCCUACCUGGAGCGAAAUCCACUUCCGGAAAGAACAGGUUCGCGUGACAGUCGUCGCCUUCAAUGGCUCGGUGGAAAAUCACCACGAUAUUCUGACUCGUCGUCGUUUAGAAAUGACCGAAAGCGGGAUGGACGUCGAAUUCCAAUGGAUGGCAUCAUCGACCACAGCAUCAACGUCAGAUUUGCUCAUCAGGCUCCGAGUUUUCGGGACCCGAAGCUGAGAACGCUGUCGGCGAUAAACGAUGCUUUGAACUACCACGGGGCCGGAAAUAUUGUCUACGACGAAUCCGUUGAUGAAAAGUAUGACCCGUGCAAUGAAGCGCAAGCUCCAUCUUACCACACCUACCCUAACGAUGUUGGCUUCGAUACCACAGAUGGUGGCAUGGGCCCAUCCGUGUAUGAUGUCAUCGAUGAUUAUGAAGGGGGUGAUCUUACUAUGCAUGACAUUCACAUUCACACAUCAGUAAUGACUAGUGGCAUCACAAACUCUGCGUAUUAUUCUAAAGGAGACGAAGAGAUCAAAUCUUCGAACGAUGUUAAAAAGCAUGCAGAAAAGGAUAAUGCAAAAGAUGAAUCGGAGAGACUGCAGAACUCAGGCUUCUGGUUCUGGUACUCAAAGUUCAUCGUUCGCUUUCCCGUGUUGUUUUGUGUGGCCAUCAUUCUGCUCACCGUCGCAGCUGGCGCUGUGGCGUUUACGCUUUACGACAUUCCACAGUUUGAUGAUCCUGAAAAGGGAUUCGAAGCGCGACACACCCCUAUUCGGGAUCGUCUCACGGGACUGGAGCUAUUCAGCACGAUCACCGACGACGACAACUUUCACAUCAUCAAUAACCAUGACCACCACACGGUGUCGAGAAGGAGUGUGCUAGGUAAUUUCACUUUGCCGACGCUGCCGAUGGACGUCCCGAUGUCGACUAGAGUAGUUACGUUGGGUGACAGUCUUACUACUCAAAAACCUUCUUUGAGUGAGAAUGUGACAAAUCAAGCUCAAAUUCAAUCUUGUGUUGAACCAGGACUACAUUGGCACAACCUCCGGAUAGUCUUUUCCAUCGUAAACCCACAAACAUCACUCUUUUCCGUUGACGCCUUCCAUUCAAUGUGUCGGCUGUUCCACGAACACGUCCUCCCAGGCAUCACUGAGCCCCCGACAAACUGCCAACCAGCGUCUUUAGGAAUGUACGCUGCUCUCCUCCAGAACAAAGCAUCUUGCUACGACACCACCGAGGACGACGUCACACACCUGGUUGAUCUCCUGACAGAAUGUGCCCCACACUACGCGAAUGGUUCCCUCCAGUAUGGCUGCUCCCUUACCUCAUGCCCGACAGUGCCGCGGUACUGCAUAGACCGAAAUGCGGUCUACAACAUCUUCCACUACCUACUGCCGUCAGAGUCCGCGUCCCGCUUUGAAAGAGGUGAUUUGGAUAUUUCCUUCAGCUUGAUGAUAACCCCUAUUUCUGGGUACGGCUCCACGACUGGCCAGUUGUAUACGGAUAGGUUACAAGGGCGAAAGGACCUCCGUGACGACUUUAUGAAAAUAACUGCUAUUGGUGGACAGUUUAAGUUUCUUCUCUUUUCCUCGUUCUUGAUUUCUGACAUAGAGCUAGUAGGCCUGGCAGUUGCAGUUGCAGUCUUCAUCAUUUGGCUCUACACAAGAUCACUAUUUAUCACGCUAUUGACUAUCGCCGACAUGGCAAUGGCGUUAGUAUGGGCCUAUUUCGUAUACGUGGUGGUCAUCGGACUGCCGUUCUUCCCGUUUGUCAACAUCCUGGCCGUAAUACUCGUAAUUGGCAUUGGCGCCGAUGACACAUUUGUCUACAUGGAUCUUUGGCGAAAGUGCGGAGAGAAAUACUCGAACAGGGAAGAGAACAUGGUCAAGAUCCUGCAAGAAACUUUGCACCAUGCAGCGAUUACAAUGUUUGUUACGAGCUUUACAACGUCCUCCGCGCUUUUCUUUAGCAUCAUCAGUUCAAUCACAGCCAUUAAGUGCUUUGCGGUGUACUCCGGAUGUGCUAUCCUCUUCAAUUUCUUGUUCACUCUGACCUGGCUUCCUGCCAUCGUCAUCAUUGAAGAAAGAUACCUACGUUGCAGGAAGUGUCGCAAUCGCCAUUCGUUGAAGUGUUCAAGUCUCAAAGUAGUCACGCAAGCUCUCGAAACAGCGUCGAUACACGUCUUUGAAAAGGCUCUCCCCCAAAUUGUUUUCAAACUGCGCUACGUUUGGCUGAUCAUUUUCACGUUACUGGGAAUAGGUGGAGGCUGUGCUAUAUUCAUAUACCCAAGGCUACAACUACCAACUCAAUCAGUGUUUCAAAUUUUCAUAAAGUCAGAUUUUCUUGAGCAGUAUGACCAGGUUUAUGUAGACCAUUUUGAUUUCGAGCAACUCGAACAAGGCAAGAUGCCUAUGAAGUUUGUUUGGGGGCUUGAAUCGAAGGACAAUGGAAAUGCAUGGGAUCCUGAUGACAGGGGUAGUCUCGUGUUGGACGACUUUUUCAACAUCUCAUCUCCUGAUUCCCAAGAAUGGCUACUAAACUUCUGUGCUGAUGUUAAAAACCAAUCAUUCUACUCCCCGCAGGACAGUCAUCAGGAUUUCUGUUUCAUCGAUAUCUUCAGGGAAAUCAUGAUGGAAUCUUCUUGCAACAACCCCUUGUUUCACCAGGACGUUUCUCCAUGUUGCGAGAAGUUUGACUUUCCCUAUGAGCCAGAGCUCUUCGAACAUUGUGCUUCCAAGUUUGUGACUUUAGCAGGUUUAGAGCCCAUGACUCGCUUUGGUGAAGGACAGAAACUAACCGGCCUGUUACUUUCAUUCACCAGUAAUACGAGAUAUUCAUUGAACUAUGAAAGCAUUGAUACUUUCUGGAACGAAAUUAACCAGUGGAGUAGGACAGAGAUGGACAAGGCUCCAGAAUCGAUUUCGCAUGGCUGGUUUGUAAGCUUCAGUGAGAACCAGCUGUAUUUCUUUGAUCUACAACAGAGCCUCGUAACAGGGUUCCCCUUCUCCAUCGGGAUGUCUCUUGGCGUGGCCGCCCUGGUGCUUCUUUUCACCACUUGGAAUGUCCUGAUCACUCUCUUCGCCAUUCUUUCAAUAUCAGGAACGGUUUUCGUGACUGUAGGCUCUCUGGUCUUCAUCGGAUGGGAGUUAAAUAUCCUGGAGGCCACCAUCAUGUCCUUAGCUGUUGGUCUGUCCGUUGACUUCACAAUCCAUUACGGUGUUGCUUAUCGGAUCGCACCGACUGGUGAUCGUGUUGCAAAGUCAUUUCAUGCCAUGAAGCAGUUGACUGCCGCCAUAUCCACUGCUGCAUUGUCCACCAUCGUGGCUGGGGCCUGUAUGCUUCCAGCGACAGUUCUCUCCUACCAACAGAUCGGCGUCUUCCUCGCUCUAAUCAUGGGCGUGAGCUGGACAUACGGGACAUUCUUUUUCAUGUCACUUUGUAUGGUUCUCGGUCCUGAGAAGAACUGUUGUGGUGUACAACCCAAAGGCACCAGUUGUUUUUGUUGCCGCAAGACAGAACCAAACAAUAAAACUAUAGAAAAACGGAGAUAUGCGUCGGAUUUUCACAAUAUGUACACAUAUUGAAAGUCUGAUAACAUUUAUUACUAUAUUAUGACAAUCAUCUAAGUAUGAAAUACUUUAUUAUAUAAAUAAAUAUGGGGCAUGUUUUGUUGAAUUUAUCAAAUGGGCGUCAAUCCAUUGUCUAGUAUGAAAACGAUUUGCUUCCGACAUGUCCGAGUUUUCCGUGAUUUAGAUAUAAUGGCAAACAAACUUAUAUUAUAAACAUUCUUUAUUAGAAAUAUUAUGCAUAAUUAUUAGGUAGCUGCUGAUAUGCUUCUCUACGAAAUUUCUUUAUCCUAGCAUUUUGUGGUAGAACUGGUACAUUUUUUUUAAUUUUUAACUGACGCCCCUCCCCUCUCCCUAUAGCCGAUUGACGCCCAUGUAAUAUUAUUUAUAUGCAAGUAUUUGGGGGUAAUCUCAUGGUCAUUUGAUUAUUGGCAGUUUUUAUCGUGUUGUACCAAACUAUGUUUCGAUGUGAAUAUUAUCAGAGUGAUAUUGGUUAAACAACGACGAGAAAUUAUAUGACAUUUUUUUUAUCAGUGAUUGCACAAAAUAAUCACGAUCAAUUAGGCCUUUACUCGUAUUUUAGUGAUUAUUGUAAAAUCACAAAAGUCGUUUUACAUUAAACACUUAUGUAUAAGGUAAUACAUUUAUGAACAUAUUACACAUCACUUUCAUUACAAUUAUUCUUUUUUCUGUCCGUAGUUGUAGAUUCACAACAAACAUCACCCUCUUGCCAUUUUUUUUUAAUUUGAUCAUCAUUCUAUUCUUUUUCAUUUUCCUUCUCUUCUUAAUUCCUUUCCUUCUUCUGUUACGUUUCCUUUUUUUUCCUAAUUCUUUAAAGCUUCCUCAUCUUCCAAUAAUCAUAUUUCAUAAGUUUGUGUUCACUGUAUUUCGUUGGCAUGUUUUUAUUCCUUUAUAUCUCUUUUACUGAUUUUUUUCCCGUCUCCUACACCCAAAUGCUUAUGUUCCCUCAGGAGCACAUAAUACCUUAGCAUAUUCUGCCAAUACACAAACAAUAUGAAACUUUGGAGAAAAAAAAUGUCAUUCGUGACACACCCCACAAAACCUUCCUAAACACGUAAGCUAAGUCUACUUGCUUUUGGAGAUAAAUAUGGAGAGAGCAGAUCCAUUAUGACUUGUAUUGACUUUCAUGUUGCUUUUGUUACCCCUCUAUAGAUUCUAUAUCACGAUAAUAUUCCACCCAAACAUUAGAAUAGUUUUCCUUUAUUAUUAAGCAAUGCACCAUCCGUCAGUUAGUUCAAAACCAGUGUAAAUACCCCUCAGCUUCCAAGAGAAUGUUCAACAUUAUUAAACAAUGUUGUUUGGUAGGUAUGAUAAAUAUACUGUUAUGAUUAUUCAAACAUUUUCGGGCGAAAAUUGUACCAAUUUACGUCUACUCUUGGAUACCUUUGAAAGUUCAUAAAUGAAAGACGUAAUCGGUUCCUAUAAUUGACAUGAUAUAAUUAAAGAAUAAUUUUGUUUAUCAACUUGAACAUUUUACUUUUUGAUUUAUUUGGAGUUUUUUUUAAGUCAUCGUCAUAUUAGAGCCACCGUGACUACAUGGUACCGUAUGUCUUCUGACCUUUCCUCUACAGAAUGUACAAUAGUGAGAAGCUGAGGCAAUAUUUAAUCAUAACGCCUGAUAGCCAAAUAUUGCACUGUUAUAUAUACAGACAUAACAGCAGAAUCUCUUUAAUCUGAUCCGUUUACAUUUUUUUUCAUAUAACACUCUUUGAACCAAUGCAAACUGGGCGUCUUAACCUGAUUAAAUAUUAUCAUAUAUAUAUUAUCAUAUAUCAUUUCAAUCUGUUAAGUUUUCUAAGCAGGGUUAGUCUGAAUUCCAUCAGCUACUAUAGAAUUUAUUUCCAAAGAUAGCUAACGUAUCCAUGUAAACUUUCAGAAGUGACAUUAAGAUGGUCGGUAAACCCUUUUUUGUGUGAAUAA